AUGGCUGGAGGUGACGACAGUCAAAGUCUCGAUGCUUUGGAGCAAAGGCUCAUAGCCCUAAAAGCAGACGUCGCCAACCAGCGGAUACCCAAGCUUGCAGCGGAGGAUGAAGGAACCAAAAUCCUUCUAGCGGCCGACAACUUGCAGUUGCAAGGAGAUGGUCGUGGCCGAAGAAGACGGUUGGUUCAAGAGAUCAGUUUACUACUGGAUCCGCCCGAGGAAGUUUCGGCAGCUCUCGUGAGCACGACAAGAACAGAACCGUCUUGUGCUGGCAGAAGUUCGGCGGUGAUUGACGAUUUGCUGUCUGCAGCGGGGCAUCUGCUGGCAGAGAUGCACUGGUUGUGCCGACUCACUCAAGAGGCCAUCGCCAGCCAGGAGGACGCGUAUCUCUUCUCCGUCAUCCCGCGGCUGCCAGAUCUGGAGGAGGUGCAACUUGUGCGCAAGCUGCGGUCAUGGGCAUCAUCGCCCCCUCCUUCACAUGCCCGAGAAUGCCAAAUGGUGGUGAAAAGAAUUGACGAUCUGAGUAAAGAGGUGCAAGCCGCCCUGGAGGCGUUGAGCCAGCCAGCGGAGUCGUAUGCUUUCUGUCAGAAAGCUUGUGCGGUUUACUCCGACCUGCUCUCGUGCAUGGAAGCGGAAGCCCGGGGAACAGAGCUUAAGGAGUCUUAUCUGGAGCUGUUGCAGCGGCUUCAAGCCGAGCGCCAGGAGGUGAAGAAAGACAUCGCGUUUGCGAAGGAACGUCUGAAAUCUUUGCGAGCACGGUAUAGAAUCCUCCGUUGCCUUGCACCCUCUCGGGAAGAGGCACAGCAGAUGAACGCAAGAGAGCUUAGACUAUGUCUGCACAUUCACAAGGUGCCCCAGCUCAGUGGACUAAUGGACAAGCAGGACAUCAUAGAAGCGCUCGUGAGUUCUGGGGUCAUUCUGGCAUAA